GCAGUUGGAUUUCUACUCUAAUGGUGCCCAUGGUUGUCGUGUGGGUCUCUUUCAGUUAUCUGUAGCUUACCACCUGUAACAGCGCGUCUGCUCUCAGAGCUCAACUGUUCAGUUUUUCCGAAACCGAAUAUGAAGAAGCAGAACAUCCGGACCUUGUCGCUCAUCCUUUGCAUGUUUUCCUAUCUUCUGGUCGGUGCCGCAGUUUUCGACGCGCUGGAAUCCGAGUCGGAGAGCUCCCGCAGACGUAUUUUGGAGCAGAAGCGCAGCGAGAUGAAAAGGAAGUAUAGUUUCUCCGAGGACGACUACAGAGAAAUUGAGCGUGUGGUUCUCCAAGCCGAAACCCAUCGUGCCGGAAGACAGUGGAAAUUUGCCGGUUCAUUUUAUUUUGCCAUAACUGUCAUCACUACUAUUGGAUAUGGUCAUGCUGCUCCAGGUACUGAUGCAGGGAAGGUCUUCUGCAUGUUCUACGCUGUGUUGGGGAUUCCCCUUACCCUGGUCAUGUUUCAGAGUCUGGGCGAAAGGAUGAACACCUUUGUCCGCUACCUUUUGCGCAACAUCAAGCAGUGUAUGAGAUUACGGCGGACUGAAGUUUCCAUGGAAAACAUGGUUCUGGUUGGCUUCCUGUCCUGCUUAGGUACACUCUGUGUAGGAGCUGCAGCAUUCUCUCACUUUGAGGGCUGGACUUUCUUCCAUGCUUAUUACUACUGUUUUAUCACGCUCACCACAAUCGGCUUUGGGGACUUUGUGGCCCUGCAGAAAAAGGAGGACCUGCAGGAGAAGACUCCGUACGUGGCUUUCAGCUUCAUAUACAUUCUUGUGGGCCUGACAGUCAUCGGGGCCUUCCUCAACCUGGUGGUGCUGCGUUUCCUCACCAUGAACACAGAGGACGAGCGGCGCGACGCCAAAGAGAGGGCCUCUCUGAAGAGAGACAGAGGCCUGAUGGAGGGGCCCCUCGGGCUCCACACUGUGGAGGAGCAGAGGGCCAGAGCGGGUCAAAGCCAGAAGAACAGGGACAAUAUGGCGAACAGCCGGAGUCACAGCACCCUUUUCCUACCCAUGGAAGAGGGAACGAGUCGCACCAACCUAAUUGCUUCCCCAGCAGAGGAGCAGGAGGCCAGGGGUGCCUCUUCCAGGAACAGGCUGCACUUACAGAUCCGAGCAGGCAGCUGCAGCCCUGAGACCCGUCUUGGGUCCCUCUGCUCCUGUAUGUGCUACCGCCUGGGUGUGUGUGACAGUCCCAUACCAUCAUACAAUGAGCACCCUGGCUGCCACAUCAACUCUGUUUACUACAACUCCAUUUCCUACAGGAUCCAGGGGUGCUCCACCAGCCCCAGGAACAAUCCAGGACUGUCCUCCCCAGAAAGUGCACUCUCUCCUGGGUACAACUUCAGGGAGUUCCCUCGCUCCAGGCGGAAGUCAUUUUAG